UGCCCAGCAAUUGCCUCAGAGAAAUCAUAUUUCUUCACCCAAGGUCAAAGGUGAAACCUGGGCUGCCUUAUAAAGACUUCCUUGGCUCACUGCCUUGACAGUGCUGGCUUCUUGCUUGUUCCAUACACGUGUGCAUUGAGAGAUUAACGUGAGGCUGGGAAGAUGAGCAAGAUGGAAGAUCACAUGGAGGGAAUCAUCAAUAUCUUCCACCAGUACUCAGUUCGAGUGGGGGAUUUUGAUACCCUCUCCAAGGGAGAGCUGAAGAGGCUGAUAACAAAGGAACUUCCAAACACCCUCAAGAACACCAAAGAUAAAGCUGCCAUUGAUAAAUUAUUCCAAGAUCUGGAUGCUGAUAAAGAUGGACAGCUCUCUUUUGAUGAGUUCAUGGUACUAGUGAUUUCUGCGCUGAAAACUGUCCAUAAAGAAAUCCACCAGCCAUAAGAAGCUGAGGGCCUUUCCCAGCAGUAUCCCCAAGAUGGCCUUUCUUUUCUCUCACCAAAGCCCAGCCUUGUCUGAGGGCAGGGGGAAUUAAUAAAUGUGCUUAUAAAAAGUU